AAAAAUCAUUCAAGAAAAGGCAAGCAAUCGUAAACACCGAUGCGCAAUCAACACCGCAGCCUUGGACGAAUGUCAAACAGCGCAGAGAAGAACCCGUCGGUCGUCCGUCAGUCAGCCAGAAUCGAGAACGAGCGAGUGUUUUUAUCAUCACCGCGCACAUACGGUGCCAGAGGGAGGAUUUUCUGAAAAUAUUCCUUCUUACAACGCUCUAGACGUAACAAUUCGCGAACAGUGCAAGUUUGAACCUACCGCAAGACGGAGCGCGCGCGGAUUCCCGUUGGUUGUGCAGAGCCGCUGCAUAUUGCUUGGUCAUAGUGCCUACUUUUUUUGUUUCUGGUGGAGCAGCAGAGUGAUAAUCGAAGAAGAGGGCAAGUUUGACGACGGGUCAAAGGGCAGCAGCAGCAGAGCACAAUGUUUCGUCGGACUUUUACGGUUUCGUAUUCGCCAUUCCGGAAUAACUAUGUAACGCUUCCGGACAACUACCAUCGGAUGCUGUCGAGCUACAAAAACGGCUGUUUGAGCAUCACGCAUGGCAUCGACAGCUUCUUCAUGUCGUGGUCCCCAUUUGGUGGUGGCGGCUACCAGGAGAAUCGCAUCGGCAUCAAUGCACAGGUGGCCACCGCCAUGGGACUGAAGGAGGGUGAUAUGGUCAUGGUGGCCAUGAUCAUAGAGGCCCGGUCGCUGAAAACGGUGGAGGUGACGGCGGCCAGCGAAAAGGAUUGGGAUAUGAUGCAAGUGAGCAGCACUCGGAUACAAUCGAUCCUGCUGGACCAGACGAGGAUAGUGACCAAAGGGCAAAACUUGAUCGUGUGGAUAAACGAUUCUAUUAGCAUCAAGAUCAAAAUCAAAUUCACUAUUCCGCCUCUUCCGUACGGCCGCCUGGAAAACGACACCGAAUUAGUUGUGGAGCCUUACAAAAAAGCCAUGCUCAAAAAGGAUUCACCAGCAGCCGUGCCAGGAGCUUUAACACGUAGCAACACCAAUUUGAACAUAGCCGAAUUGGUUCGAAUGCGAAACCAACAGCGCAACAAAACUAAUGGAACCGAAAACGGUGACACGUUGAUCAGUUCCGUCGGUUUGGUAAGUUCGUCAACGCCUGCCUCCACAAUAGAUUCCAUCAAGAAGCGCCCACUCACAUGGCACAAAAAUAAUUCGCUGGAAAAUGGCAAAGAGAAUCAUCUGAAGACGGGACAGGAUAAACCCAAGGAAAAUGGCGUUUUAAAGCGAAGUUCCACUCAUGGGAACGGAGUUCUGACCAACGCCCAAACGGCCGUGCGGAACUCGUUGUUCGAAAAUGAUCUCGAUCGGCACCUAAGCAAACUGCAAACUAGUAAAACAAUAGCCAGCAUCAUAACCGAACAACCUCCGAUCGUCAGCGAGCCAUCGAAACCGUUGGCCUCCUCCCAAUUCAAAAGCAAAUCGCAAUACCUGGACGAUCUGCUCGCCACCCUUACCAAGGAAGUGCCCAAAAGCUACGAGUUCCGCGUGAUCCAAGGUGUGUGGAACUGUCGUCGGAACAAUUCGCAGAUCUGCGACAUCUAUAUCACCAAGGAGAACAUCCCGCCGGGAAUGGACAUCCACCUGCCGUUCCUGUUGUCCACCAACGACGACCGGGAGUACUUCGUAAACGUCCGGCUCACAUCCGACGGGGAACGUUUCCCCGCAAAUGCCUACCCGACCGUGGAAAUCAACGACAAGCUGAUGGAACAGCUGGAGAUCCACCACGGGGAGAAGAUUACCCUCCGAGCCAAGCAGAACGCUCUGAACAUCGUUGGUAUGAUCGAGUUGGUUCCGGCUACGAAAGUGGCCUGCAAGAUCGAGAGCGACAUUAUGGAAAAGUUCAAGGAGUUUAUUUUGUUCAAUUCGAAAGUGCAUCCGGUGCUGUUGAAUCAGGGGCAGGUUUUCCGGCUGCCGGAGUACUAUCUGACGGUGAAGCUGCAGCCGGCUAAUUUGAAGUACUGUUUGGUGAACGCGGUGAUAUUGAGGCAAAGCAAGAUUGUGUGUUCGGAGGAUGUGAAAAACUUAAAUGGAGUGAUUCCUAGUGAAGAGGAUGAGAAGAAAAAGCGAUGUGAGGUGCUCGAGGAAGAACAGAGGCAAGUGAAGAUCGGAAAGUUUCAGAAGAUAGUUGAUGAAUGUGUGGACCAGUUGAAGUUGAAAUUGUGCCUGGAUAAAAGAAGUAAUGUAAGGAAAAGUUACAAUGUGAUUAUUGCAGGAUCCAAUCAGAGUGGUAAAAGAACCAUUGUUCAAACUGUGCUGCGUCGGUUAGCCGAACCUCCUUACCAUUGCUUCACCACCACCUUCCAGUGUUCGAAGCACAAAGGACGCAAACCGGACUCGAUACAGAAAGAUCUUCGCCACGCCUUCUACAUGUGCAUGUUUCACAGUCCUGCGGUACUCUACCUGGAAGGACUGGACGUCCUAACGCACAAUCCCGGUGAACAGAAUACUCAGGAUGCGGAGUAUCAUAACAAAGUUUCCGAUGUGGUACGCAAGCAGAUCGAGGAAUUCACCAGCACCAACCCGAUCUCGGUGAUCGCCUCCAUCGGUAGCGUUUCCAACCUGAACCGGAGGUUGUACUCCUCGCGGGGAUCUCACCUGUUCCACGAUCUCCAAAAGGUGCCAAAUCUUGACAAGACUGAUAGAGAAAUUGUGAUCAAAAGUUUGUUCGUCAACAAACGCUGCAAGCUGGAGAAGCGAAUCGACUGGAAGAAGCUGGCCAACUCGACCGAGGGCUACUCGGUGGGUAGCCUGGUGCAGAUGGUCGAUCGGGCGGUGUUUUAUGCGUUUAAAAAAAAUUCCAAAUCCCCGCUGGUGACUGAUGAAAUGAUUCGUAGUGCCUUGGAUGUUACCAACGAGUAUUGUCUGCAAGGAAUCGAAAGUCACAAGCGUUCGGAUGACUUGGAUGACGAAGAUGACGUUCCGGGCGAUAAGGUUCCUGGCUUGGAAAAUGCCAUCGAUGUCUUCCAGGAGGUGCUGAUGUGGCCGACCAAGUUCCCGAAAAUCUUCGAGUGCUCGCCGCUGCGCAAUCAGGCGGGGAUUUUGCUGUUCGGACCGCCGGGAACCGGCAAGACUUAUUUAGUUUCUAAACUUGCGAAAACGUGGAACCUCCGGAUGAUAUCGGUUAAGGGUCCAGAAUUGCUAGCGAAAUACAUUGGACAGAGUGAGGAAAAUGUGCGGAAUCUGUUCGAUCGGGCGCGAAGUGCCAAACCUUGUGUUCUGUUCUUUGACGAGUUUGACAGCUUGGCACCUCGAAGAGGACACGACUCGACGGGAGUUACGGAUCGUGUGGUGAACCAAUUGCUCACCGAGCUAGACGGCGUGGAAGGUCUUCAGGGGGUGACUGUGAUUGGAGCUACUUCGAGGCCUGAGCUUCUGGAUCCAGCUUUGCUGCGGUCCGGUCGAAUUGAUCGGCUGGUCGAGUGCAGUUUGCCGGAUGAGAAAUCCCGUCUGGAGAUCUUCAAGAACCAAAGCAGCACGUUGGACCUGGCCGCGGAUGUGCAACUUCCGUACUUCGCCAAGAAAUCCAACACCUACACCGGGGCGGACAUCCAGUCCAUCCUGACGACGGCCAACAUGCUUGCCGUGCAGGAGUGUCUCACCAGUGCCGAGGACGAUGAGCAUGUUCCGGAGAAGAUAACGGUUAACCAGCGACACCUACUGGAAGCGUUUGCCAGCACCCGCCCCUCGCUAAGCCCGCAGGAUGUGCAAAAGUACAAGGACACAUAUGCUCGGUUUACGAACAAAGAACCUCCUUCGAGGGAUUUCGUUGCGAAACGGGCCACCUUGGCUUAGAUGGAGAACAGGUUAGUGCGGUGGUGGUUUACUCAGCAGGUCUGGACUGAAUCCAAACGAUCCUUUGUUGUAUUUAAGGUGUUUGUACGGUUUUACCUGGUUUAGUUUUUGGGGGUGAAGUAUUGGGAAAACAAGUAAAAAAACGGUGGUUUUUAUAAAAGACAUGGAACUAUUUUUAAGAAUAA